AUGUAUUUUCGGAAUCCAUUUAUCUCAUUCGUUCUGUGUUUCUCUUUCCUUUCACCAGAUUUCUCAGUCCCAUCGUCGGGCUUUCGUGACAUGAAAACGUUGGCGAUCAGAUUGCCUAGUGAUUCGUAUGGCCAUUCUUUUGAUCCAUCCCGGGUUAUGCAAAUUUCAUGGCGUCCAAGAGCGUUCGUAUACAAAAACUUUUUAACAGAUGCAGAAUGUGAUCAUCUCAUUGAAGUGGCAAGGCAUAAGCUUAAAAAAUCUAUGGUUGCCGAUGUUAAAACUGGUAAGAGUAAAGAAAGUACGGUUCGUACAAGCAAAGGCAUGUUUAUUAGGAAAGUUCAGGAUGAAGUAGUUGCUGGUAUUGAAUCAAGGAUUUCGGUUUGGACAUUCCUUCCUGUAGAAAACGGGGAGGCUAUGCAAGUAUUGCAUUAUGAAAAUGGUCAAAAGUAUUUGCCGCAUUGGGAUUACUUUCUAGACAAGACCAAUCAAGCAUUGGGUGGUCAUAGGAUUGUCACUGUGCUUAUGUAUCUAUCUAAUGUCGAGAAAGGUGGCGAGACUGUAUUCCCCCAUUCAGAGAUGAAAAGAUCACAACCGAAAACUGACGAGGACUCUGAAUGUGCAAAAAAGGGUUAUGCUUUCAAACCCAACAAGGGCGAUGCUUUGCUGUUUUUUAGCCUUCAUCCUAAUGCUACAAUCGACCCUUUGAGCUUGCAUGGGAGCUGCCCUGUCAUAGAGGGUGAGAAAUGGUUAGCAACCAAAUGGAUCCAUGUCAGAAGUUUUGAUCGUAAGCAAGUUAGUGCUAGUAAAAAUCAAGAAUGCAGGGACGAAAAUGUUAACUGCCCUGAAUGGGCUGCACGUGGCGAAUGUGACAAGAAUGGUCUCUACAUGGUUGGCUCUGCUGAUAGACCUGGAAAGUGUAGAAAGAGCUGUAACGUAUGUUAG